AUGUGUGACUUUUUUUGGCUGUCGCCGGCCGACCAAGGCGACCUCUCCGACGUCGUCCGUGCUAGCCUGCAGCAGCCAACACCGCCUCACCAUCGUCUGCCGUCGGAGGAAGACGAGGAGUUGCUGCUGCUGCUGCAAGGCGGUGACGACGAUCACGACCGAGUGCACUUGCAGCAGCUGGUACAUGGCGAUGCAAUGGGGUUCAUGGUGAGCAGCAACAGCGGCAGCUCUUGUGACCACGCUGUCUUGUGGCAGUCAUCGCCGUCGUAUCCGCUACAGCCCCUGCAGUCAGAGGGGCUGAUUCGUCGCAUCAUGUCCGGCCCGCCGCCGCAGCUGGGCGCUAACGACGUCGAGAGGGAGGGUGACGCGACCGCGCCAGAGAUGGACGAGCACGGCCUGGACAUGGCGAUGGCUCCUCAUCAUCCUCAUGCCCCGGCAAUCAAACGAAGGAAGAGCCAGACGAAGAAGGUGGUGUGCAUCCCGGCGCCGACGGCUGCACCGCCGGGGGUGGGCGGCCGGCCGAGCACGAGCGGCGAGGUGGUGCCUUCGGACCUGUGGGCGUGGAGGAAGUACGGGCAGAAGCCCAUCAAGGGGUCGCCGUACCCGAGGGGAUACUACCGGUGCAGCAGCUCCAAGGGCUGCUCCGCCCGGAAGCAGGUGGAGCGCAGCCGCACCGACCCCUCCAUGCUCGUCAUCACCUACACCUCCGACCACAACCACCCCUGGCCAACGCAGCGCAACGCGCUCGCCGGCUCGACCAGGCCGGCCUCGUCCUCGUCCUCGUUAGCCAAGGGCCAUCACCAUCAACAUUACUCCGGCGCUGCCGUUCAUCCGUCGCCGCCUCAUCAGCACACCCACAGCAUCGUCGCCGCCGAUGUCACGCCAAGCUCCAUCACCAUUGGUAAUACUCAUCACCACCAGCUGCCCAAGCAGGAGGUGCCGGACAUGGAUCACCCCAAGCCCGAGCAGGGCGUCGCUGCUGCUGAUCAUGACUUGGGCGUGUUUGCGGAUAUGGACGGCGCCCUCAACGUCAUGUCCGCCUCCAACUUCAACUCGAAAAAGCAGCAACAGCAUGCCACUGCUGCUGAUGACCAUCACUUGGAGAAGCUGCCGGAGGAAGAUGACAAGCAGCAGCAGCUGGAUCCAUUCAGCUUCAGCUUCUUCGACUUAGAUGGCUUCCUGGCUAGAUAAGCCCAUC